CACUUCUUCAGUGCGCUUUGCGAGUCGGUCGGUACACGACACUUGUGUGUAAAAGUCGAAACGAAAUGUGUUAAUUUUAGUCAAAAUAAAACACAAUAGUGUUUAAAAAAUAAUAAUACGUGUUUUCAGGUAAAAAAUCAAACGAAAAAAUGUGUUUAUUUAAAUUUUUUGUCGGAUUCGUUGCUGUUUCAUCGGCAGCGGGAUCAAUUAUCAGGCAUACGGAGAUCACAUCGAUGUGCGAAGAAAGUGAAUUCCGAUGCUCAAACGGUACGUGCAUCACAGCAGAUUUAGUUUGCAAUAACUUGCAAGACUGCCCAGAUGGCGCAGAUGAAGCUUCUUGCUACACUGAGUUGGAAUCAUACGAAAUUACAAUGAAAGCUCCACUCAGAUCGAAGAGACAAACUAAAUGUCGUAAAUCCGAAUUCCAGUGUUUGGACGGGUCCUGCAUACCCUCACAUCAGCGUUGUGAUGGGAGGUAUCAUUGUGAGGACCAAAGUGACGAAUCACACGCAUUAUGCAGGAAAACUAAAUGUCCCCCACAUGCGUUCACCUGCAUGUAUGGAGCCUGCAUCGAUGGUGACCAACUAUGCAACGGCGUCGAUGACUGCGUCGACGGAUCAGACGAACUGCAUCCUAAAUGCAGAAAAGAGGCGAAAAACUAUGGUAAAUACUUCACAUGUUUCGACGGAACCAAGAUUUCUUCAACGAACCUGUGCGAUGGGAAGGCCCACUGUCCGGAUAGAUCAGACGAGGUGCUCCAAUCCUGUGCUGGCGUCAAAUGCCCGUCGUAUGGGUUCCAGUGUGCCUACGGUGCCUGCGUAGAUCAGGAUGCUGAUUGCAACGGGAAAGUAGAAUGUGCAGAUGGAUCGGAUGAGAAUGAACAACUAUGUGCUAAUCAAGAGGUCACAGGCCCUAAUUCGAUCAGUUCCAGAUUUGACAAACCACGAACCAAUCAAAGAAAAUGCUUUGUGCCUCCAAAUCCUGACCAUGGAAAAUUCGAGCUGACUGCUUCUGAUGCAUUAAAUAAUUUUCUGCUGACUGUGAACUGUGAUCCGGAUUACACCGUCGUUGGAAAUAAUAAAAUAUUCUGUAAUAAUGGUGUUUGGUCGCAAAACGUGAGCAGACAUCAUUGUGUUCGGUAUUGUACGUUAAAAAAGCACCCGUCAGUAUUUUACAAGUGCUUAGAAAGCGGCCAAUGGGAAGGUGAACGUGACUGCAAUCACAUAGAACCUGAGGGCACAAUGGUCCGGGCGACUUGCAAUUUCCACUACAACUCAAGCAAUAAUAGGCAGACCAUGAUUUGUCAAGGUGGAGAGUGGAGUCGCAAUAUUACUUGUGAACCAGAAUGUGGUACUAUACCUCCACAAAUAGAGCAAUUGUCAAUAGGAGGGAGGAGUGCCUUCAGAGGAGAAGUAUCAUGGCAAGCCGCUGUCUAUGAGAUAGACCAAAGGAGUUACAAUUACGAGUUAAUUUGUGGAGGGUCGAUAAUUAACAACGAUUUUAUAAUCUCUGCUGCACAUUGCUUCUGGAAUGAAACAGCAGGCGGAACUAAAAAUGCACAAUCAAUUGCGAUCGCUGUCGGCAAGCAUUACAGAGAUUGGAACAACAAGAGCGACAUACAUGAGCAGAAAUUUGACGUAGAUAAAAUCUUCAUCCCGGAGUUGUAUCAGCAUAUUUCGAAUGGUUAUGCCCGGGAUAUUGCGUUACUGAAGUUAAACACUUCCAUAGUGUACACAAACUUCGUGAGGCCAAUCUGUCUCGAUUUUAACAUUGUUCUUCCUCUAAAACAAUCGCAGCCCUACGAUAUAGGAAGGGUGGCCGGUUGGGGUUAUAUGUCUCCUGAGGGUCAUCUACCACGAGUUCUACGAUUGGUUCACUUACCGUAUCAUCUCCUUGAGACGUGUGCAGAUUUGACUGACAUAAGUUUCAGGUCACAUUUGGGAACGGAUAAGAUUUGUGCGGGUUACAAUAAUGGUACGGCGACACUCUGUAAAGGUGACAGCGGCGGCGGCUUGGCGUUCCCUGUAGAAAAAGAAAGAAUAACACGCUAUUAUUUAAAGGGCAUUGUAUCUAAUGGACCUCAUUCUGAAAAUAACACACUAUGUAAUCCACGCGCGGUAAUUCUAUUCACCGAUAUAUAUUAUUUUAAACCAUUCAUCCGAAACGUUCUUAAUAAAUAUCACUACAUAGUAUAAAACAAAAUCGCUUUUUCUGUCAUGUGUGUUGUAUGUCCCUAUGAACGCUUAAAUCUUUAAAACUACGCAACGGAUUUUGAUGCGGUUUUUUUUAAUAGAUAGAGUAACUCAUGAGGAAGGUUUUUAUGUAUAAUAUCAUCCAUUAAAUAGUGGACAACUACUGUUAUUUUUGAGGUUUCUAAUGUGAUGUCGCAAAUAAUUACAUUUUUUCCGCUUACAUUGCAAACGCAGGCUGAAUCCCAUGAGAUUUAUCAAAAUAAUGUACUAAGUAUUGUACACAAUGAAAAGGUCUACAGAAAACUCCGCGAUGGUAUAUGUCUAUCUCUUAUGGAUAUCCCACAAUAACAUUUUUUUGUCAUUUACUUUUUACGACAAAUAAUGACUAAUAUUCGAAGCGAUUUUAACCAAUACAGCAUUAAUCCUUAUCCAAUCAAAUACCUUAAAUACAUUGUUGAUUUAAUAUAGAUCUAUUUGGCCUUUUACAGCAUCUGAUUUAAAUCAAUAUUUUUGAAGAUGUACAGAUUUAAAAAUUGCGGAACGUAGCGUUUACGGCGACGCGGCGCGGCGGCAGCGUGCCUAUAAAUACUGGAUUGAUUUUAUAAUUUUUUCAGUGAGUUACAUAUUUUAAACCCGUGCAAAGCCGGAGCGGGCCGCUAUGUUUUUUUAUAAACAACGUUCACAGUUUUUCUGUAGCGUAUUUAGUAUAUCAGCAUUGCACCCGUGCGAAGCCGGGGCGGGUCGCUAGUUAAUUUAUAAUUCACAUACAAAAAAAUUGUUACGGAUGCAAAACGUAGAUGGCGCUAUUCUAAAGUACGCUGUUUACAAUGUUCUACGACAGAUGGCGGUAAUGUAAUGUAAUGAAAUGAAAUACAUUUUUUUGAAUAAAAAAAAAUCGUUUAU